AUGAAGCUACUACAUGUUUUAUAUAGAAGUGUGGAAGCAUUUCUAAGCACACUAGCAGACACCACAGUUGGGGGAAUCCUCGCCUGUCAGCAUGCUUUCAAUGCUUCACUACUGACGGCUCCCAGGAGGCCCCGAACAAGACCAGGCCACCGAACGCAUGAAGAACCUCCUGACGAGGAGCACUAUGAGGUCCCUUUACCGCCUACUCGCGGGUCCAGCAGCUGCUGCAGCCACAGAGCCGGACACCGGCCUGCCGGCAUUUUUUUAAUGUCCAUUGAUGCUGCAUCUAGUCCAGUGCCUACCGCUCAAACGCUGGCUGUUACUGAGACAGAACCACUAGUUUUGCAGUCAAAAACCCGGAUACCUAGGCCACAAGGAAUGAGUCCUGCUUUUCGACAACUUCUUAUCGAUCUCUUUCUACAGGUUGUGGUCUCCUGCUUUUUUAUCAGUAUGGCCGUUACCUGUCUGUGCGUCACCAUUCCUGCUCUACACGCCCGUCCAUACCCUGAGGACUAA